UUUCCCUCCAAAGAAAAAUGAGAUUCGAAGAUCUUCUCCGAGAGGUGGAUGGUUUCGGGAAAUACCAGAUUCUGGUUUUCCUAAUGCUCUGUCUACCCAGGUUGGUCAUUCCCAUGCACUUCUUGCUGCACAACUUCAUCUCAGCCUCUCCAUCUCACCACUGUGCGGUCCCAACCUUUGCUGGCAUUUCAAAUCUCAGCCAAGAUGAAGUUUUCCUCAGCAGCCUCCCACAAGAGUCUGAUGGGGUGCUAAGUUCCUGUAAGAUGUUCUUUAGGCCACAGUUCUACCUGCUGGAAAAUUCUUCCUGGGAGCAGGACAAUACUUCCUCUGUUCAGAACUGCCAACAGGGAUGGAUCUAUGAUGAUUCCCAGUAUAUAUCAACCACGGCCACUGAGUGGAACCUGGUGUGUGAGAACAAGGGCUUGAACCAAGCGAUCGCUACCUUCUUUUUCAUUGGUGUGACCUUUGGGGCUGUCCUUUUUGGCUAUUUAUCUGACAGGUUUGGCCGGAGAAGGAUCCUUCUGCUCUCUUUCAUUGUCACGAUGUUGUUUGGGACCUUGUCAGCAUUUUCCACGUCCUACGUAAUGUUCAUCAUCAUGAGGUCCCUCUGUGGGGUGGGGCUCACAGGGAUAUCCAUCAUCUCUAUUGUAUUAGCUGUGGAAUGGACGGAUAUAAAGCAUCGCACUUUCUGUGGCACCAUCAGCGGCAUUUCCUGGUCUGUUGGGUACAUGCUUUUGGCGCUGGUGGCCUACCUGAUUCGAACCUGGCGCUGGCUUCUGCUGGCUGUCACCUCUCCUUGCCUCAUCUGCAUUGUCAUUUGGAGGUGGAUCCCAGAAUCUGCCCGAUGGCUCCUGACAAAAAAGGAGGUGGAGAAAGCACACAGCUACCUUUCUAGAUGUGCUGAAGUCAACGGCAAGAAAGAUUUCUGCUCCAAGAUAACUCCAGAAGUCCUGCAAAAGACGGUGACAGUAGAUGAGUCAAGAACCUAUUUCUACUGGAACUUGGUGAAGACGCCCAAACUGAGGAAGACCACGCUCUGUUCCAGCAUUGUCUGGUUUGGUGUAGCAUUUACCUAUUAUGGCAUCAGUCUAAACAUUCAUGGUUUUAGCUUGGAUCCGUAUUUAACACAGUUUAUGUUCGGGGCCAUUGAGAUUCCUGCCAAACUGGGUGUAUAUUUUGUAUUGGAUCACAUCGGUCGCAGGCAUUGUCAGGCAUGGACUCUGAUUAUAACUGGAUCCCUGAUUGCACUGAAUACAGUGAUCCCUGAAGCGCAAGGGCAUGCACUCCGAUCAGCUGUAGCUAUCUUGGGGAAAGGUUUCUCUGAAGCUUCCUUCACCACAGUCUUCCUAUACACAGCUGAACUUUACCCCACAGUUCUCAGACAAAGUGGCAUUGGCUGUUGUUCGUUUGUUGCACGGCUUGCCAGCUCCUUGGCCCCUUUGAUUAUGUUACUGGAAGACACCUGGAAAUACUUCCCACCCACGAUAUUCAGUUUGGUGGCAGGGUUGUCCGGGACAGUGGCCUUUGUGCUACCAGAAACGACCAAUGUCCAGUUGCCAGAAACCAUUGAAGAUGUAGAAAAUGACAGUGCAAAGGUUUUGGGCACCCCAGUAUCUGACCAAAGCAUGGAUGGAGAAAUCGCUCAUGGGCUGAUGAGUCAAACCAGCACAGAUGCGCCUCUCUCUCAGCCACAGGAAGUCAACAGUGACUCUGAUAGGACACAACAUCAGAAUAAUGCACUGGAAGUGAAUGGAAUGCACACUUCUGGGUGUUAGUAAAAGUCAUUGAUAACGUGGAACCAGGUGCUAACUGCAAUGGACGUACAAUCCCAGAGAAACGUCGUUGAAAAGUGAAAUACUACCAUAUGAAUUUUUUUAAAAAAGCUUAGAGGGGGGAAGUGGUUGACACUGGCCAACAUGGUGAGGAAAAUUGCUCAAAGUAGUCCCAUUGAAAUUAAAUGGACAACUUAAGACUUGCCUAACUUGUCCUUCCAGUUUCAAUGGGACUAGUUUCAGUAAUUUUCUUCGUCAUGUCAGUCACUGACAUUAUUUCCAUGCCUGUAAUGGAAUGAAACAGAGAUUCUUAAACUUUAUUUUGUAUGGAUCACUUGAAAAUUGCUUGUGGUCUCAGAUUAAAAAAUAAAUAAACAUUUGUUCCCCCAAAGAUCAAAGCAUAUAACUCAUUUGUAAUUAAAAACAAACAAACUAAAAAUCAAAUGCAGUACAAAUUACAGA